AUGUUGAAGCUGUACGACCUCGUCCCCACCCAUGAGCGCGGCCCCUUCUUCUCCCCCGUCGCCACCAAAGCUCGUCUCGCACUCGCUUCGAAAGGGAUCCAAUUCAACGUCGUCCCCGUCACGUACAAGGAGUUGCAGACGGUUUGGAAGGAAGAGUUCAAGAUCAAGAUGCCGACGGGUGGGUUCGUGACUCUGUGGUCGGAAUGGUCGGGGUGGUCGCAGGCAGAAGAGCGCAGGCCGACGAUGACCGUGACUAUGAUCCGCCGGCGCGGGUGGGAUCCCACACUCGGAUGGAUCCUCUGUGCACUCUGCAGUUCCCUUCAUUCAAAAGGAAGAUGGAUCGUACCUCAUCGAUUCGGACAAGAUAUGCCAGUAGGUGUCAUUUCAUCUUCUUUCUAUCACCCCUCACAUGGGCUUUAUGAGACUGAUCUCCCCAAGUCGGAACUGUCUCCUAUCUCCCGGACAGUUGGGCCGAUCAGGCGUACCCGACGGGACCUUCGAUCUUCCUCCCCACUCAAGCUUCGGACCAAGUUGACUUUCAGUCGGAAGAAUACAAGCAAGCCGCUGCGAAGGACAUCAGCCAGUGCACGCUCCCAUCAAAUUCUUUCGAUCCCUUUCUUCGCCCUCGAGUUCCUGACUUUGGUUGGAGCCCGGACCCAUGCAGAUUUUGACAAGUGGCUCGUACGCGCCGUAUUCCUUCCGCGCUUUGCUCCGACGUUUGAUGAAUGGGUACGAGCUCGCUCCUUCUGGCCUUCCUGCAGCUCAGGCUGACAAGAGACGUUCCGGCUUCCCUUACCAGACGCAAGCCUACUGGACUUCGGACGAUCGUCUCGGUCCGGGAUUCUGGGCACGCGUCAGCUCGCGUGAUCAAAGUGAGUCCAAUCGGUUCUGCUCCCCUUCGAACAGGUCUUUUCAGCUGAUUCCUUCCCCGCAUUCGAUCUCGUACGCAGACGAGUGCUUGGCCGAGCUGCAAAAGGGUUUGGACGAGUUCGGCGAGAAGCACCUGAAUUCGGGGAAGGGACAAUUGUACUUGCAAGAUCUAUCGGCCCCCGGACACAUGGUGAGGCAUCAUUUUUCAGUAUACACGCCAAAGCUUUCUGACUGACCUCUUCACGACCGACAUCAUUUAGGACUUUUCACUCAUGGGCUUUGUCCGAAUGCUCUCGGCGUGUUCUCACGCGCUGGUUAAAGAAACGUUCGCUCGUCCCGAUACGCAUCUCGCCAAGUGGCUCGACAGGAUGCUCAGCCACGAUGAGAUCGCCACAGAAUGGAAAGCGCUCAGUGUUCGUGAUCCUGCAUAG